AUGUCUUGCAUUUUACAGAGCAGUAUGUCUUUCGACUUUUCUCCUUUGGAGUUUUGGGGAACAUUCCAGCUGACAGUGUGUUUACGUUCCAGACCCCGAGUCACAGCCAAUGCCUUCCUCCCACCAAGGAUUCCAGCCCCAAAACCAUGGCAGCGCGUUGCGGUCGACCCCGCGGCAGGCCAUAGACAGCGAAAGAUUUGGAAACGCGUCCCCGGUUCGAGUGGGUCGAAUCCUGCGCGCGAUGCCUAUCUACGCGACAUGGCCGAGCUUGAGGAUGCGCGGGGCCAGAACCCGCGAAAGCGCGUGAGGGGGAGUGCUCAUGUUCCGGUCUACGGGGAGGGACUAACAUUGUCGACAGCGUUCGUGAACAAAGUUAACGAGGAAGCCAAGAACUUGGAGACGAGCUUCACCACCAAGGACGCGACAUUCCCGGAUAACCAACUGAGCUGGGUACCAAGAAAGCGACAUAACUCCCGUUGGCCAAUUCCACCAAACAUGGACCGGACUACCGACUUCGAGAUACCAUCUGCUCCUCAGGCCGCCGAGCCAACGAUCCAGAUCGACGACAAGGCUUCACUGAACAGAUCAACGCGCAGACUCAGUAGACGCUUUACUCUCCUUCCAGACGGAGACGAAUCACCAAGGAAAUUGCUGAUGCCUAGGCUCUCCCCCACCAAGAAACCGGUGUCUGCCCUGUCGCCUGUCAAGAAGGUGCCCGCAAUUACGAUGUUGUCGCCCAUCAAGGUGUCCGACUCACCGCUCAGGGCCUUCAGAAUCCACGCAACUCCAACAAAGGUGGUGUUGGAAUCGCCCAAGAUGAGCCCGCCAGAGAAAUCCCCCUCGAAACCCUCACCUGCUACCUCGACCCCUGGAGCGAUGCUGCCACCAGCAACAACGACCCCAAGAGCCAUUGCUUCACAGCUGCAACAUACCGACAGUCCUGUUCCCCUCAUCUUUGACCAACCGACAUCAGAUAGCGUUGCGGAACCUCAACACGAAGCUCGUCGACGCAUUUCUCUUGCAGCUGCUCGUAGAACUGAACGCAAAUCUCUUGGCAUCUCCCGUCUGGACGCUGUGCGCAAUAGUCCAAAUCGACGACAUAGCUUCAACAACCUUGACGCCUUGAUUGCCGAAGGAAUGGAUAGUGGUAAGGGGCGCCGCAGUACGCUAGGCGGAGGGUUUCUGUCUUCGAAGGAGGAUGUUAUCGAGAUUGAUGCCAAGACCAACUUGGACAUUUUUGGUCAACCAUCCAAGGCUGUUGCCUCGACCCCCAGGCGAUUCGCCUUUGGUGUCGAUAAACUCGAUGAAACUCCUCAACCAUCUGCACCUCUGGAUGGUUUCUUCAGUCCUCUUAUGACUGACAUCUCAGGCAUGACAGAAAGCGCACCAGCCAAGGAUGCCAGCCCGCAGCAACAGCCAGAACAGGCAGCAGCUAGCCCUGCUCCAUGUGCGACCGAUGCAGGGGACGAGCCAUCAGUUCUCGAGGAUUCUACCCCGCUCCCGGCCUCUAUCGAAGAGUCACCGGUCGAGGAACACCAGCCAGCCGAGGUUGAAAAGUCGCCAGCCCCUGAGGAGCAACCCACGGAGGUGGAAGAGGUGUCCGCGCUUGUCGAGGAAGAGCAAGUCGCAGAGAUCGAGGAGUCACCGGUUUAUGAACACCAGGCUGCCGAAGGCGACAUUUCUUUCACCCCUUACGAACCCGAAGGUCUGUCAACCAUUUACGAGGAGUCCACUAUCAUUGAGUCUCCGAGGAAAUCUCCCAGAAAAUCCCCCGUCAAGGCCGUUUCUGCUGUCGAGGUCCAAGACACAUCCAUGGUCAUCGAAGAACAUGAGGCCAUCUCUUUCAUCGAGCCAGGCGUUGUUCUCAAGGCUACUGAGGAAUCUUCCAUUGAGAAGAACGACAUGCCUGCCGCUCCCUCAACCCCUCGCAGCACCAGGGUGGCCCCUGGUAGUCCCUCAACGCCUCUCCAGAACCACGAUCUUGAUGCUGUUCUCCAGUUGAGCAUCAAGCGAAGUAUCAAGCGCAGCGCCAGAAAAGACGAGGUUCCCCGUUUCAACCAGUUGGAUGGUUCACCUUCCAUACCAGGCGCCCAUGAGGAUAGCUUUGCCUCGAUGGAUGAUACAUGCGAGCUCUCCGACCUCAGCAUUUGCAGUGUCGACAUCUCUACCGAACAUCUCGUCACCACCACGACUACCUCGCCCCCAAUUGCCUCGCCACAACAGCAGCCUACCGAUUCGCCUGUUGCCAGUCCCUCUCAACCAGAGACCGAGGCCAAUGCGAAGGAUGAAGAGGUAUCCUUGCCAGAGACCGCCCCUUUUCCUGUGGCCCUCUCAUUUGAGAGCGAUGCGGACACGGUUGUCGACCCUGUCGCUGAAGAUACCGUAGACGAGAAGGAACCCGUUGAGGUUGAGAAGACAAGCUCUCCCACUCCCGAAUGCGAUGCUCCCUUGUCUCGCCAGGUAGCCGAGGACGAGGCUAUUGUAUCCCAGGCCAAAGUCUUGGCGCCUGGCACACCCCCUCAGGCCACGCCCAUCGCACAAAGCGAGGAGACAGGGAAGGUCUCAACACCCGAACAAAGGACUGAAGACAAUGUCGACGCAUCUGAGGCCUCAGGUUUUACGCCAAUUCAUGGCCGUCAAUCCUCGCCAACUGAGCUUGUGCAACCUGCUGUGACAACACUUGCUGAUGAACUCGAGGCUGAGUCGGACGACCUGGAUGAAGAUGAAGUAGUCGAACAAGAUGUAGUUGAUGAAGCAUGCGAUGAGCUUACCAUGGCAGUGGAUGACGAUUUCACCUCGGUGCCGCCCCCUCAACCAGAGAACGAUACGAUUCAAUUGCAGGCGAGGCACGACGACUCGGAGGCGGAAUUGCUGCGGAAGUUUGUGACGCGGGUGACUGCUGAUAAGAACGCAAAGGCCGCCGCCGCUGCCGCUGCAGCAGCCUCGAUAGCGCAAAACUCCCGUCUCAAGCGUCGGUCUGGGUCAAUGAGCACCAUCACCUCCUCUACCGGUUCGCCCAUGCUCAAUGCAGAGGCCGAUGCGCCCGCGGAUAGGAAGCCCUUGGGUGAGAAGAGCCCCAACAGCCCCAGCCCUGUUAAGAAGAGAAAGCUCGAAGAUUUGAAGGACAGCCAAGCUAAGGAUAUGGUCGUCCCGCAAGAUGCCCCGGAUAGUCCCAGUCAGGCGCCUCCUCCCAAGCGCCGGCGCAAGCGCGUCCUCGGUUCCUCGGAAAACACCCUCGACAGAAGCACUCCCGUUGCUCCCCCACCACCGGAUGAUGAAGCUCCCCGGAGGUCUACCCGUGCCCGGAGCACUCGAACUCUCCGGCCCACAGCACCUUCGGCAAACUCGAUUGCUUUGUCGUUGAUUCCGGUGCGGCUGCCUGGAAUGGGAGCCAUGGAUGACAGCACCAUGGAUACCACCCUUAACAUGGCCAGGCAGCGCAACGAGGAGAAGGACUUGGCUACCAUGACGAGGGUCAACACUCGCAAGAACAAGGGCCAAGCUGUCCACCCUGCUGUGAUUCUGGCGAGGCAUGCUGAGGACUCUUCGUGGAAAGUCAACGAGGCCAAGGCCGAGCCCAAGGAGCCGCGCACCAACCCAGAUCGGACGGUCAAGAACGUCAGGUGGGCUGAGGAACUGGCUAGUUACCAGGGCGAGUCCCCAGUCCUACCGGCUGCCGACGCGAACGAUGUCAAGGAUGUUCCUGUCGUCAAGACCACCACAACGACCAACUUCAUGAUGUCACGGGCCAUGGAGGAUGAUGAUGAUAUGGAUGAGCUCGCUAUUCCUACCAUCACCGAGGUGCCGCUUCCUCCUACUGUAUCAAAGGCUGCGUCAGUGGCAGAGAACAAGCCUGAGCCUCCGAAAACCAGGACAAGGAAGGUUGUUGCCGCUACGGCAUCCACAUCAACUGCUGCUGUUCCCAAGGCUGCUGCUCCCAAGGCUGCUGCUCCUAAGUCUGUUGCCACUAAGGUUGAUGCCCCUAAGACUGCUGCUGCUAAGGCUGCCGCGCCUGUCGCUGCCGCCUCCACAAGACGCAGCACUAGAUCUACCAGACUGCAGACGCCGACUCCUAUGAAGAAGGUUGUCUCUGCUGAGAGCACCACGGCUCCCAAGCGGGCUAUCCCUUCAAGGGCGAAGACUGCUUUGCCCAAGCCUGCUGCUUCGACAGCUGCUACCAAGGCCACUGCGGCCGCGCCUGCCGAGCCUGCCACUGCUUCGGCUUCGGGCAUCAAGAAGGCCGCUGGGAGGCCGACGAGACGGACUGACGUUGCCAAGUUGGGGAUGACCACUGUUAACGGGACGCCUGCCCCCAAGAGGAGGGGGAGACCUGCGGCUUCUUCAUCUUGA